AUGGAUAUUGGGCUUGGUAGUUUCACAUUUGAUCACUUUUCGCACCAUGCUUUAUUCCAAUCUCUUUCGAAUUAUUUUUGCAUCUGUUUUUUUAUUAAUCCUACUCGAUGUUUUAGGCCCCACAUCUCUCGAAUUACGUUGCCCAGGAUCAGCCGGCGUGUGCGGGCCAAGAUUCAAUCACUUUUACUCGAGAAUAUACGCGAUUUUCACUCAUCAUCCGCAGCAACUGAUAGUGUGGCACCCACUUCGAAUUUCCCCCACCAUCCGGCUCCCAAUGAGUGCAAACGGUUAUUCGAUCAAAGUGACUCUGGUCCUCUGAAGUCAGAUUACAAGAACGAUUUGUUCCGCGAGAGCUACGCCGGUUCUGCUACGUUUUUAAAAGGGACUCAAAGCGCAAAUCCGCACAAUGACUAUUGUCAGCAUUUCGUGGACACUGGUGAACGCCCACAAAAUUUCAUCCGUGAUACCGGUCUCCGCAAUCGGUUCGAAGAAUAUCCGAAAUUGCGGGAGUUGAUUCGGCUCAAAGACGACCUCAUCCAAUCCCGCGGCUUUCCACCGAUGUACUUACAAGCCGAUCUAAAGACGUUCGAUUUGACAAAACUGAAGACGAAAUUUGACGUCGUACUGAUUGAACCGCCUCUGGAGGAAUAUCAUCGAAUGAAUGGGGCAUUGUUUGAUCAACACUGGACAUGGGAUGAGAUUGAGCGACUGGAAAUAGAACAAAUUGUCGCACCGCGUUCCUUCGUGUGGAUUUGGUGUGGCUCCGGUGAGGGUCUCGACGCGGCACGAACGUGCCUUCGGAAAUGGGGGUUUCGACGUUGCGAGGACAUUUGCUGGAUAAAAACUAACAAGGGGACACCUGGGCACGAGGCGCUGGAACCUGGAGCUGUUUUCCAACGCACCAAGGAACACUGCCUAAUGGGCAUUCACGGGACAGUGCGCAGAUCUACCGACGGGGAUUUCAUCCAUGCCAAUGUCGACAUUGACCUCAUCAUCGAGGACUCCCCGAAGUAUGGUGGCUAUGCUUCCAAAGACAAACCGACGGAGAUCUUCCACAUCAUUGAACACUUUUGCCUGGGACGCCGUAGACUCCACUUGUUUGGUCGGGACAGCACUUUACGUGCGGGCUGGUUGACGGUAGGAAACGAACUGUCCGCCUCCAACUUUGAUAGCCGGCUUUAUGCUAGCAAUUUCUCCAAGGAGCCUAAUGGUUGGCUACUUGGUACAACCGAAGAGAUCGAAAGGAUGCGCCCUAAAUCUCCCCCACCACGGGGGGUGGUCAACACCGGCAAUCUGGCUUUCGCUACCCCUGUCAGUAAAUCACAAGCGCUCGUUCCCGACCUCCUUCCCGGUGGCAUCCUUCCAACGGCCCUCAAUUUCUCCAGAGGUCCACCAGGUCGACGAUCAGCUGGGGGAUCAUCUAAAGCACAUGAGCCGGACAACUUACAACCUUCACUUCUUGGCCUUCCGUCGCCCAUUUCAUUGGGGGCGCUGAUGAGCAACAUGCGAGCCCAACACGGUUCCCGCGGGAGAUUCGUUCAGACAGUGACCGGACCAUUUAUGGAAGCUGGUUCGUCAUCCUCAUCGCAGCUACUAAGCCUACAGGCUAAAGCCAAGGAGCAAGAGAUACCUCUGGCAUCGAAUCUAUUGUCGAAUAUAUGGCCCCCAUCAGCUGGUCUGAACUUCAACUUCUCCCAGGCAAAUCAGUUAAAUGCGCUGAGCUCAACAGCUCUCGGAUUGACGACGCUUCGAGCCCCUCCAUCGAAUAACCCUUUCGUGUCCUCAUUGUUCUCAUCUAGUAAAAUAAAUCCCGCUAUGCUCGCAGCGCUGAGUGUGGCCAGCUCUUCUUUGGGUAUGCCAGCCUUCCACCAUUCUUUGAAUGUAUCAAAAACGCACAGUAAUAUAUCAUGGUAUCAAUAUUUUUGGUCUUGAACAUGACAAUACCAGAUGGCGCCAAAGUGACUCAUAUGGAUCCGUAAUCGGCU